AUAAUAAUAACAACUCAUCAUCACUAUUAUUACUACUAAAGCACUAGCUAUAUGCUUAUUAGAGAGAGAAGAGAAAGAGGUUUAGAAAGAGAGAGAGUUAUAAAGUGAAAGCUAAGAAAGAGAGAAACAAAAGAAAGAAGAGAAAUCAUCAAUGGAGAAGAUGGUGUUUGAGGAAACUGAGCUCAGGCUUGGGCUGCCAGGGAACAACAAGAAGAAGAACAAUGAAAAGAAGAGAGGGUUCUCUGAGACCGAAUCUGAAACUGAGAGUGAUGAGAACAAUAAUAGUGAUGAAACUUCCAACACUACCGUGGAUUUGUUGCUGAAUCUCUCAUCACCAAAGAAGGAAGCAAAUAAGAAUAACAACAAUAAUGGUGUUGUUGCUGAGAACCACUCAUCUCCUAAUAAUAAUAAGGAGAAGAAUCUUCUUCCUUCUGAUCCUGCCAAGCCUCCUGCUAAGGCUCAAGUGGUGGGAUGGCCACCAGUGAGGUCAUACAGGAAGAACAUGUUUGCAGUUCAAAAAAGCAGCACAGAAGAGAGUCAGAAGAAUGAGAAGAAUAACAAUAAUGGAAAUGGUAAUGGAAGCUUUGUGAAGGUAAGCAUGGAUGGUGCACCCUACCUUCGCAAAGUGGACUUGAAGAACUACAACAGUUACCCUCAGCUCUCUGAUGCCUUAGGCAAAAUGUUUAGCUCUUUCACUAUUGGAAGUUGUGAAUCAGAAGGAAUGAAGGAUUUCUUCAUGAAUGAGAGAGCUUUGAUGGAUUUAUUGAACAAUUCUGAUUAUGUCCCAACUUAUGAAGAUAAGGAUGGAGAUUGGAUGCUUGUCGGUGAUGUUCCUUGGGAGAUGUUUGUGGAAUCAUGCAAGCGUUUACGUAUCAUGAAAGGAAAAGAAGCAAUUGGACUGGCACCUAGAGCCAUGGAGAAAUGCAAGAACAGAAGCUAGAGAGUAGUGGUGGUUAUAGCAGUGUCCAUAACCUGCUCCAUAUCCCUUUGUGGUGCCCAGUUGACUAUAGCAGACAAAGAUGGACAGAGAGAGCAUGGUCUUCAAAAUAUAUAGUUUUAAUUAUAAUAUUUUAAUUAAUCUGUGUAUUAUCAUGGUUUGUUAUAUAUAAUAUCAAUUAUCAAACAUAGCACUAGCUAAAUGCAUUAUGCAUAUGCAUGUGUAAGCAUAAAUUAUGAAACAUAAACUAUAACGACUCUAAAUUAUGUUGCAUGACCAUUUUCUUUUUCUUUUCUUUUUUUUCUCUAAAAAAAUAAGUUUCUUCUUGUGUGUGGAUGCUCAAUAAUAAUGUUAAUAAUGUGCUUGUUUGUUGUUGUA